AUGCCAUCAUCUACGACGAUUGGUACUAUUCUUGUGGUUGUGGUUGUGGGUACCGUCUGUGGUCUCGCGGGCCUCUAUUACUGGGGGAACCGGGGAAAGGGAAGGUCCGGUCCUAGCAAGCACACUUCACGCCAUUCUAGUAGAGCUCCACCCUUAGUUCCUCCGCCUAAAAUUCCCCCAUAUCGUAAUGGAACACUUGGGACCCGAGCUGGCCAUAUUUCGCCUGGAGUGCCUUCACCUGCUGUACGCAAGAAUAGUGGAAGACCAGCUACCCUGCCAGGAGAUCGACAGCUCCCACAGUUAUCUCAACAUGAUCGUUCUCGCCAGCCGCCUCAGACUGGUCUUAACGCUCCUGAGCUUAUCCAUCCACAGCCCGUCAAGCCACAGCCCGUCAAACCACAGCCCGUCAAACCGCAGCCCGUCAAACCGCAGCCCGUCAAACCACAGCAGCCUCCCCAGCCGUAUCCGGUUCAACCUCAACCUCCCCUUAGAAUCAUUAUUCCACCUCCUGUUGCAGGAGGACUUUACGGCUUGAAAGGUGUAUUCCCACAACCGAAGCGAGGAGGGAGAAGCCCUUGA